UUGUCUAUAAAAGCUCCCAAUUUCUUUGAAUUAUAAGCAACCAGCACAAAAGUACACCCUAUUAGAAGGCCUUGUCUCGUGAUCAGAGGGUGGAAACAAUGGCCAGUGAACCCCAUAACGAGAAGACCAUGCGCAACCCUGAAGACGAUGAAAGCCCAGCAGUAAAGCAAGAAGAAGAUUUCAGCUACAACCUCGAAAGAUCGGGCACAAAACCCAAGAAGGAUAUGUUGCUGAAGGAGGAUAAAGACAUUAAUGGCGGAACCCAAGAUUGUGACUCUUCAAAAAGGAUCGCAACUGAAGAUCAGGCCAAGACAUCUGAUUAUACAGCCCCAAAAAUUAAAACACCUUUGUCGAUUUAUAGACCAGGUGAAAACAGUACUUCGACCUUCCCCAACAACAAUCCAUCAAAAAUGGCACCGGAUCAAGAGAAAGAUCUGUCGUCAAAAGAGAAGAAAAGAGGUGGUAGAAGUACUGAUCCAUAUUCUGAGCCUUCAAAAAAUGUCGUGGACAGCGUUGCACGGACAAGUUCUCCACUAAUUGAAAAGGAGAAGAAAGAGGUUGAUUCAAAAAAUACAGCAAUGAUCUCAUCAAGCGAACCUCAGUAUUCUCAAGGUGACAACCGUGUUCUGCGAAAAACUCCAUCGAAAGAAAAAGAGAAUAAAGUACUGUACGUAGAGGCCGAUCCGUAUGCAGCCGAAAAAAAUAUAGGGGUGCCAUACUCUAGUAAUGCAGAUCGAGGGAAUGAUACAUCACGAGCUACUGAUGGAUCGUAUGCAAAGAAAAAGGAAAAUAAAGGAAGCUUCUGUCCCUGCUGCUCCAUAUUAUAAGUCAAGAUCUGCAUGCGAAUCUAGGGGUCUGUGGAUCAUGUGGCCAAGCUAGCUGUUGCGGGAGGAGGCAAGCUGUGGGUUUUGACUACUGCAUGCAGAGGCAAUGUCAUUAUUAAGUCGUGGUGUUUUAUGGAACAUAAAAUGUAAAGAGCAGAGUGCAAAUCCGGAGGCAAGACAUCCCCAGAUUCAGUUUCUGCUCCUUAUUUCAUAAUCUCAUCGAUAAUGAUUCUAAUUAGUUCGAUUGGAAUUUGAUCAGGGUGCUUGUUUUU